AUGCCUCGCAAAGACAAAUGCGUCAGUGAUGAAGUCUCUCCAAGAACGGGUCUCAAGAGUACUCCACCGCCACGCCCAGCAAGGUACGACGACGUGUUUUAUGGACCUUUCGGGUAUCUCUCCGACAUCGUGCAGCUCUUGCGGCUCGGUCAACAAAUAGUGGUACCGCACACUGGGUAA